AUGGCGGGAGAAGAUAUCUCGUUACCCAUCAUUGACCUUAGUGGCUAUCUGUCGCCGAAAUCGCCUAAUGAUCGGCAGAAUGUAAUUGAACAAAUUCGGGAUGCUUGUCGAGACUUUGGCUUUUUCCAGCUGAAAGGCCAUGGAAGAGAAAAUGAAGCUGUCAUAUCUGGAAAACCCGAGAAACUUGUCGAGAUCUCAGAUGUGGUCGCAGUUUCGAACAAUGAGCCGACUGCAGAUGAAUACCCGCAUGGGCUACGCUUGAUAACUCUUGUCGUGGCUAUCAAUCUGGCCAUACUAUUCUCGGUACGGCGAUUCCCAAAAUUACGGAUGAGUUCCAUGGCCUCAGUCAAGUAUCGUGCAGUCUUCGUCUUUGAGCUGGGGAGUCUUAUAUGUGGUGUGGCUCGGAACUCAAACACCUUCAUCGUCGGCCGAGCCAUUGCGGGUAUUGGGGGUGCCGGUAUUACCUCAGGCUCUACCGUCAUAUUGGCGUUUGGCGCUGGGACCGCCAAACGCCCGACAUUGAUGAGCACUAUGGGAGUGACCUAUUGUAUUGCCUUCAUUCUUGGGCCACUUAUUGGCGGAGCCUUCUCGGAAAAAGUAACGUGGAGAUGGUGCUUCUACAUCAACCUGUCUAUCGGUGGCGUUGCCAUGGCUUUGUUUUUCCUCUUCCUCAGAACUCCAAGCGUGUCCACCACCCAAGACGCAACGCUGAAGGAGAAACUCCUGCAUAUGGAUCCAGUCAGCACCGCGCUGGCUAUGGGUGGUAUUAUCAGCUUCAUCCUCGCACUCCAGUACGCUGGCGUCAGCCAUGCGUGGAACAGCAGUGUGGUCAUAGGGCUGCUUGUCGGAUUCGUUCUCAUAACGGUUACGCUUGCUGCCUGGGAAUACUUCCAGGGCGAUUACGCCAUGUUGCCCUAUAGGCUAUUCAAGCGCGGUGUGAUGUGGGCUGGGGGCAUAUUCCAGUUCCUCUUUGUUGGCUGCUACUUCUUGCUAUUGUUCUAUCUCCCCAUUUACUUCCAGAGCAUUAAAGGCGUCAGCGCUAUAAAGUCAGGUGUUGAUAACCUGCCUUUGGUCCUUUCCGCCUGUGUGUUCAUCAUUCCAGGAGGAGCCACCGUAGAGAAGACGUACAUGACGACCCCUUACAUAACUGGUGGCGCAGCAGUGGCAGCAGUGGCCACUGGGUUACUUUAUACGCUCGAUUUGGACACCUCCAGUGGGAAAUUGAUCGGCUAUCAAGUCGUCGUUGGUGCUGGCCUUGCAUUUCCAUUCUAG